AUGCUCCGCGUCUUGUGGCAUGACAAUCAGGAAAUGGUCAUUGUGAAUUCACCACAGGCCUUAUCCGAGAUUCUCGUCACAAAGUGCUACAGCUUCGAGAAUCCUAAAUUUUCUCGCAGAUUUCUCGCCUUCAUCGCCGGCUGGGGCUUGCUGAUAGUCGAAGGAGACGAGCACAAGAAGCAGCGCCGGGACAUGCUGCCGGCCUUUUCGUUCCGCCACAUCAAGGACUUGUAUCCUCCCUUUUGGUCAAAGUCCCGGGAGGCAGUGCAGGCAAUGGCGGCCGAAUGCGAUGAAAAGGGUCUUUCAGAGAUGGACAUUUCCUCCUGGACUGCCCGCUGCGCAUCGGAUAUCAUCGGCCUCGCAGGCGUUCGAGUAGACUUUGGCUCCAUCAAGGAUCCAAACAGCCCGCUAGCCAGGAGCAACGAGUUCCUGCAGCCGUCUCCUGCGGAUAUGCCUCUCAUCGGACUCACCGCAUUCCUCCCCGACCUGAUCAUGCACAAUCUUCCUCUGAGUCGAGUCAGGAACGCCAACAAGGCCUCGGCACACAUCCGCGCCGUGUCCCGCGACUUGAUCCGCAAGAAGAGAGGCCUGCUGGCCAACAAGCAAGAUGCCGGGCUCGACAUUCUCACCGUUGCACUCAGGAGCCAGCUCUUCUCUGAGGACACGCUGGUCGACCAAAUGAUGACGUUUCUCUCCGCGGGACACGAGACGACCGCAUCGUCGCUGAUCUGGGCGACGUACUCUAUGGCAAAGUACCCCGACAUGCAGGAGCGUCUCCGAAAGGAGAUUCGCGAAGGCCUGCUCUCUGCUGAUAGCGAUACCGACAUCGCAAGCACCGAUAUCGACAACCUGCCGUACCUGAAUGCCGUGUGCAGUGAAGUCCUGCGGAUCCAUAGCCCCGUGGCACAGACUGUCCGCGUGUCAACCUGUGACAUCAUGAUCCAGCACCACUUCAUCUCCCGAGACACCGUCCUGGUGCUGGUUCCGUGGGCGACCAACACUGAUCCCACGCUCUGGGGACCCGAUGCGUACGAGUUCAAGCCUGAGCGCUGGCUGAGCCCGGAGCAGGGCGGAACGAGUGCAACUAAUGCCGCGAGCGGCGGAGCGACCAGAACUAUGCCUUUAUGA